AUGGGAUACAGGAAGUCCACAGGACACACUCUCCCCUCCUCCCUGCUGCCUCCCCCAUCUAGACACACUCUCCCCUCCUCCCUGCUGCCUCCCCCAUCUAGAAACACUCUCCCCUCCUCCCUGCUGCCUCACCCAUCUAGAAACACUCUCCCCUCCUCCCUGCUGCCUCCCCCAUCUAGACACACUCUCCCCUCCUCCCUGCUGCCUCCCCCAUCUAGAAACACUCUCCCCUCCUCCCUGCUGCCUCCCCCAUCUAGACACACUCUCCCCUCCUCCCUGCUGCCUCCCCCAUCUAGAAACACUCUCCCCUCCUCCCUGCUGCCUCCCCCAUCUAGAAACACUCUCCCCUCCUCCCUGCUGCCUCCCCCAUCUAGAAACACUCUCCCCUCCUCCCUGCUGCCUCCCCCAUCUAGAAACACUCUCCCCUCCUCCCUGCUGCCUCCCCCAUCUAGACACACUCUCCCCUCCUCCCUGCUGCCUCCCCCAUCUAGAAACACUCUCCCCUCCUCCCUGCUGCCUCCCCCAUUUAGAAACACUCUCCCCUCCUCCCUGCUGCCUCCCCCAUCUAGAAACACUCUCCCCUCCUCCCUGCUGCCUCCCCCAUCUAGAAACACUCUCACCUCCUCCCUGCUGCCUCCCCCAUCUAGAAACACUCUCCCCUCCUCCCUGCUGCCUCCCCCAUCUAGAAACACUCUCACCUCCUCCCUGCUGCCUCCCCCAUCUAGAAACACUCUCACCUCCUCCCUGCAGCCUCCCCCAUCUAGAAACACUCUCACCUCCUCCCUGCUGCCUCCCCCAUCUAGAAACACUCUCACCUCCUCCCUGCUGCCUCCCCCAUCUAGAAACACACUCACCUCCUCCCUGCUGCCUCCCCCAUCUAGAAACACUCUCCCCUCCUCCCUGCUGCCUCCCCCAUCUAGAAACACUCUCACCUCCUCCCUGCUGCCUCCCCCAUCUAGAAACACUCUCACCUCCUCCCUGCAGCCUCCCCCAUCUAGAAACACUCUCACCUCCUCCCUGCUGCCUCCCCCAUCUAGAAACAAACUCACCACCUCCCUGCUGCCUCCCCCAUCUAGAAACACUCUCCCCUCCUCCCUGCUGCCUCCCCCAUCUAGAAACACUCUCCCCUCCUCCCUGCAGCCUCCCCCAUCUAGAAACACUCUCACCUCCUCCCUGCAGCCUCCCCCAUCUAGAAACACUCUCACCUCCUCCCUGCUGCCUCCCCCAUCUAGAAACACUCUCACCUCCUCCCUAAACACUCUCACCUCCUCCCUGCUGCCUCCCCCAUCUAGAAACACUCUCACCUCCUCCCUGCUGCCUCCCCCAUCUAGAAACACUCUCACCUCCUCCCUGCUGCCUCCCCCAUCUAGAAACACUCUCACCUCCUCCCUGCUGCCUCCCCCAUCUAGAAACACUCUCACCUCCUCCCUGUUGCCUCCCCCAUCUAGAAACACUCUCACCUCCUCCCUGCUGCCUCCCCCAUCUAGAAACACUCUCACCUCCUCCCUGCAGCCUCCCCCAUCUAGAAACACUCUCCCCUCCUCCCUGCAGCCUCCCCCAUCUAGAAACACUCUCCCCUCCUCCCUGCUGCCUCCCCCAUCUAGAAACACUCUCACCUCCUCCCUGCUGCCUCCCCCAUCUAGAAACACUCUCACCUCCUCCCUGUUGCCUCCCCCAUCUAGAAAAACUCUCACCUCCUCCCUGCUGCCUCCCCCAUCUAGAAAAACUCUCACCUCCUCCCUGAUCCCUACCAUCUCCAACACACGCCUUUUUCCCCAGACCCUAAAAACCUCUACCCUACCUCCAGCUGAGCUGGUGGAGGAGGAAGGGGAGGAUGGAUCCCGAGGCAGAGACAGGAGAGAGCACUAA